AUGGAAAAGUCCCAAGAUGAGGACUAUACUAAAGCGUGGCUAAUUGAAGCCGGCUUAGACGAUGACAUAGAAGCUAGCAUGUUUCAUGAAAUGUUUUCGCAUUAUCGAGAUGGGGUGCAGAAGUUGAGGGAACAUAACAUUCUAAUUGAUCCUGAUAUGGAUGGGAGAUGGAGGAGGGAUGAUGUACUUGAUGAGGAGUGGAGAGAGAAGCUGAACAGUGGUAAAGUCACGACAGUUCAAUUUUAUAAGCUUAAUACCGCCAGAGUUAGCAUGCUGAAGGUUUUAGAGAAUAUUCCAGCGGAGGAAAGAGGGUUUCCCUGUGACAGCCUAAGACUUUCAACUAGCACCACGGAUCUAUUAGAUCCCUCAAUGUAUCCUAUCGUCUACACAAAGACAUUAGCCUUAAAAAAUGGCGAGUUUGAAUCAAUAUCCCUCCCACUAGGACACGUGGAUGAAGGACUUGACGAUCUUUAUUGCUGGCUACCAACCGAAUUCGAAGUCGCCGCGACAGGUGGUAGUACAAAGAUUGUUUCGGACCGGUCAUGGGAUUGGAAUCGGUAUUCUGCACCUCAAUGGGGUAGUUGCGGAUAUGAUCUGCAGAACGAAGUUGGCUGGAGGGAUCUGAAAACCCUUGCGCAACGCCGCCUUGAAGGCAAAACGGUCAAGGUUAUGACGAGGUUGUUGAAAAUAUCUUUAUUAUCAGAAGAUGCUCAUUAUCCCGGUGAUGAGUGGCAUGUGGACGGUAUGAUGAACGAAUUUAGAGUCGCCACUGGGAUCUACAACUAUGCGAAAGAGAAUAUAACCGACUUUUCUCUUAGGAUACGUCACCAAAACUACUACCAUACGAUGCCGUACUAUGAUGGAAUUAGACCUCUGAGGAUAGUUGACGACUAUGCCCCGGCUUUGAUGAAGGUGGAAAUAAUUACUAGCUGGAAAUUGAAGGCUAAUAGUUCUCCAGAUCCUAGCUUAUAA